AUCUAUUUAUUUUACGGGUGGCAAUGAUUAUAACACUAGUUGCUUCAAGAAAUGUUUUCAGCUUUAUGAUGCUUCCAAUAAAACACAAACCUAACGGUCUAUCUGGAUGCGUUAGCAAUUUUUGGUCAUUUAUUUCUCUCUACUCGCAUUUCUCUGUUUAAUCACGUCUUGUAGGCAGAAGAAUACUUAAAUCUCUUUAAGGAUCGAAAUGUUCAGUUAUUGAUGUGAUUUGGGUUGAGGAAAUGGGGGAGAUUGGAGAAAUCUAGGGCUUUGAGAGGGCCCUUUUCAUUCUGGAAGAAAAAGGGCCCUUUGCAAAGUUUCGGGAAUUUAGAUAGAGAGAAGAAAUGAAGGAGUUGAUAGGGAGUCCGGGGACUGUUUGUGGGUUGUUAUUAAGGAUAGGGCAAUGUAUAUUUGGAGCUGCAUCCAUUGGAGUUAUGGUCUCUGCUUAUGGGUUUUCCAACUACACUGCGUUCUGCUAUUUGAUUGCAUCGAUGGGGCUUCAAGUUUUGUGGAGCCUUGGACUAGCAUGUCUUGAUGUCUAUGCUUUGAGGAUAAAGAGAGACCUUCGAAAUCCUGUUUUAGUGAGCCUGUUCGUUGUUGGCGAUUGGGUGACAGCUACUCUAUCACUUGCAGCAGCAUGCUCAUCAGCUGGGAUAGCAGUUUUGUAUGCCAAAGACUUGAAAUACUGUAAGGGCCCAAUGCAACCUUCCUGUAGCAAAUUUGAACUCUCCAUUGUUCUGUCUUUCAUCACUUGGUGUCUGAUCGCUGUAUCUUCUCAUGUAAUGUUCUGGAUACUAGCCUCAGUUUAGGUGCUUGAAGCUCUUUUCACUUUGUCUACUUGGCUCAUCUUAAAAAUCAUCUUUCACUUCUAUAUUGCGACUGCAUUUUCUGUGAGAGGGAAAAACUAUCCUUCAUUUGACCCAUAUUGGUUGGUAGCUUUCUUCAUUUUUGUUACAA